AUGGCACCUGUUCGCAUUGCCGUGGAAGGCUGCGGUCAUGGCAAUCUCAAUGACAUCUAUGAGACUGUGGAUCGCAAAGCCACUGAGAAAGGUUGGGACUCUGUUGAUCUCGUUAUCAUUGGUGGAGAUUUUCAGGCUUUGCGUAACGCCAAUGAUGCGACUUGUCUUUCAGUUCCCGACAAGUUCAAGCAGAUUGGCGAUUUUCACGAGUACUACAGUGGUGCCCGUACUGCUCCUUACUUGACAUUGUUCAUCGGAGGCAAUCAUGAGGCCAGCAAUCACCUGUCCGAGCUCUACUAUGGCGGUUGGGUGGCCCCCAACAUCUACUACAUGGGAGCAGCCAACAUCGUCCGCUUUGGACCUCUCCGAAUCUCGGGAAUGUCGGGCAUCUGGAAAGGUUACGACUACCGGAAGCCCCACUAUGAACGGCUGCCGUACAACAGGGAUGAUGUUUCUUCAAUCUACCACACCCGGGAGGUGGAUAUCCGGAAGUUGCUGCAAGUGAGCACCCAGGUCGAUAUCGGGCUGUCCCAUGAUUGGCCAAAGGGUGUCGAGAAGCUUGGAGACUCCACAACCCUGUUCCGCAAGAAGUCAGGUUUCCAGGCCGAUUCCGAUUCUGGAAAGCUCGGAAGUGUCGCUGCACGCCAAGCCCUCAACCAUCUACGCCCUGCCUAUUGGCUUUCGGCCCAUUUGCACGUCCGCUUCACUGCCAAUGUGCACCAUGACCCACCUCGUGCGGAUACCACUUCUUUGGGUUCCCCCAAUCAUGUUCCUGCUUCGGAUACAAACAACAAGGCCCCAAUUCCACGAAGUAACGUCAAUACCAAUGCCCUUGCCGGCCACCAAUUGCUUGGUACUGCCACUGGAGACGAACAGUCUCGCAUCAAGGCUUGGAAUGAAUUCGGAGAGAAAGCCCGACGGGCUGAGAAAGAGAAGCGUGACCAAGAUGAGUUCAUGCGUAUGAUCAGGGCGAGACAGCCGAAAGCCCCACGCAACAUUACGUUCACCGAAACUGCCAAGAUUGGAGGUGGUCCCAUUCAGACAUUCGUACGUGGUGCGGAUGGAGAAAGAAUCGAAUCCGCCCCGGUGGACGGCGAGAACAUCGAAAGCCUCGACAAGGUCAACCAGGGAAAUAGCCCCGUGAAUACCUGUUCCGAUGAGGCGGUUGCCAAGCAGGAAUCGUUGUCUGCUGAGACAACCGAAGAUAUCAAGACCAAGCAUGUCAAGACGACCGAGGAUGUCAAGACCGCUAAUGAUGUCGCGGAUAACAUCGACAAAAUCAGUGUUUCUACAAGCCCCAGCAGCGCCGCAAGUGUGAAGUCUCCUCCGACUGAGAAGGCUCUUCCGAAAGCCGACAUUUCUCUGAAUUGGGCCGAUGAUCGCUCUUAUGACCCCUGGUGGAGCGAUGGUGUGGACGAUCGAGCCCGCAAAGUGGCAACCGAGCUCCCGACCAGCCUUGAGAAGUCGUAUGUACCCAAGACUACCGCGAAUAAGCCAAGUUCGGAAUUCCUUCCACCGCCGGCGAUGAUCAAGAACCUUGUGACUCAGUUCCUGACCUUGGACAAACCACACAACCAUGAUGACUUUGUUGAACUUCUGGAGAUUGAGCCAGUUUCCGAGCAUGAUGAUGCUGCAGUGGAGUCUCCCAUGCGACUCAUGUACGACAAGGAGUGGCUGGCGAUCACUCGUGCCUUCGCUGACGAGCUCGAGUUUGGUGGAAACCCCAAAGGUAGUGUCCCUGCCCACAAGGGAUAUGCAUUCUACCAACAGCGCAUUGCCGAGGAGGAAAAAUGGGUGCGCGAGAACGUUGUUGACGUUGGAUUGUUGAACAUUCCAACUGACUUUGUCCUGACUGCCCCUAUCUAUGACCCUGAUGUCUCGAUCAACACACGGGAGCAGCCAAAGGAGUACACCAACCCACAGACGUCUGCAUUCUGCAAUCUGAUUGGGAUUGAAAACAAGUUUGAUAUGAGCGAGGAAGAACGUCUGGCUCGCAUGGAAGCCGGGCCACGCCCCGAUGAACCUCGUCACUUCCAGGGCAACCGCGGUGGACGUGGUGGACGCGGCCGUGGCGGUCGUGGUGGUCGUGGUCCUGGGCGUGGUGGCCGUGGCGGGCGUGGAAACUCAGGCCCGACCUGUGGUAAUGAUAUCAAAAACAAAAAAGCAAGUGCAUCAUCCGUGAAUCGAACACGGGCCUCGUCGAUGGCAACGACGAAUUCUACCACUAGACCAAUGAUGCUGAGAAACCAAGUGGAUCUAAAUGCUGAUUCGCUGGUGAUAUACUGUUGUCUCGUGUAA